AUGGAGAUAUCAGAAAUCGAAGCUCAGCUGAAGGAGAUAUUCGCUAAUAUCACUAAAGAUUCUUAUUUACUCCGUCUGCAGCGAAUUCUUACUUCAGAAGAAACCGUAAAAUUGAUAAAAUCUUAUCCAUCAGCAAAAAAUCUUUUGGAUAUGAUUUAUGAAAAUUUGCAGAAAUCUUUAUUACCAUCAAGUCUAUACAGUUUAAUCCUAUCACUUUCUUCUCAUAUUCCUAGAUAUCAAGCUGAAAUAGGAAGAGCAAGAUCAAUUCACGAUUUAAAAGGUAACUUUUUAUGGUACGAGCAAGGAUGCAAAGAAUUAUUCAACUCACCUAAUAAAACACUAAAAAGGCUAAACUUAUUCCAUUUGAUGGAUACCCGCAGUAAAAGAUAUUUAUACAUGAAACACGGAAAAUAUCUUUUGCAAGAUACCAAACAGAAAGUAAUCACUUAUAUGCUGAGUGAUAGAAAAACCACUCUCAGCAGCAGAGUUACGAUGAUAAUCUACAGUUAUGAAGGGAAAAAUAAAGAAGCGUUAUUAUUCGAAACUAGAAAAUCUAAACAUUUGAUUGCUAAUCAUAGUGAAAAACAUGAAGAAAAAGCAUUUGAAGAAAGACAUGCAAGUCAUAGUCAAAGUCCUAUAAUAUUUUAUGCUGACGCUACUUUAUUUACCCCUUCGGUAUUAUCUGCUCAAAUUGAUAAAGAAAUAAGUUUAUUCAAAAACUCUCAAAUGAUAAUUAAGAUGAUUAUGCUCCCCAUGAGCGGGUAAAACCCACUAGCAGUCGCCGAUCUUGUCUACAAAAUGGUGCCAUUUUGAUUUCCGACCUGACUCACCUGUUCAAGGGAUCAGCUCCCUAGGGAAGAAUCUGCCUGCAGAGUGCCCGAUCUUUAUGAUGAGGAAAUACCAUGUGAUAGGCAAAGCCUGUUUAGCACGUCUGGCAUGGACAGGAAAACCUUCGAGGGAGAAACAAAACUUUCCUCUUAGGCAAGGCAUCCCAAGCCUCAAGGCCUACCCUAAAAAGGAACAGAGGCCAGCUUCAGCUUCAUCAGGAUAGGUCCUACCUAUUCCUUAAGAAGUGCGCCUCAAAUCCAAUUUCCGUCAACAUCACCAUUUUAUUUCUUAAAAAAACUCCCAAGGCUUUUUUACAAUCACUGAUAGUGAAAAUUUAUGGACGAGAGAUACUAUAAGACCCGAAGACUUAUCCUUUACCUCCCCUGAUUUUCAGCCGGAUUUCAAAUUGCCUUGCAAAAGGAGCAUGAGCAAUAUCAUAAUAAGUGAAUUUUAUUAA